GGAAUCAUUUUUAUUUUAAAGUUCCGUUUAGUUGUCAUGGCUUGGCGAACAUCGAUCAAUGGCAGGCAUUCUAAAUGACGUUAACACGUUUCUCAGUUUUAUACUCGACAUAUUUCGCCUUGUUACUGGCUGAUGUGCCUGAUGAAUAAUCCAUGGUCGGUGAAUGGCGACUGGUUUUGUCAGCGUGUCACUGAGUACCAUUGUAAAUGAAGGUAGUGUCACUUUGUUCAUUAUUCGCACCCUAUCAGAAUAAGUCGUUGAUCGGCGGAUUUCAAAUAUGGUAGUAUAGCGUCGUUUCUCUUUUAUGAAAUGACUCCGCUCUACGGAAAAAUGCCCUUCCGUGCUCUGUGCUAUACAAUAUAAGAGUGUACGAGAAAAAUUGCAAUGGAACUCACCAUACUUCACAUUCUUUUUCAUUGUAUAAUAUCAUGACGCCCGCUCUUUUCUCACCGACCAAGAUUGGCAAUAUGGAGCUCAGCCAUCGCGUGGUGUUGGCUCCACUUACCCGUCUGCGUAACACCAAGGACCAUAUCCCCACACCAAUGAUGACCGAUUACUAUACCCAACGCACCACCCCCGGUGGUUUCCUCAUCAGUGAAGCCUGCGUUAUUUCAGCCACAGCCGGAGGUUAUCCCUAUUGUCCCGGUAUCUACACCGAGGAACAUAUCAACGCUUGGAAGACCAUCGUGGAUGCCGUCCAUGCUAAAGGCGGAUACAUUUACCUCCAAAUCUGGCAUAUCGGCCGUGCAAGUACUUCGGCUUGCAUGCCCAACAACGAAAAGCCCUGGGCUCCCUCUCCUAUCGCCAUUAAAGGUGUGGAUGUAAUUGGCCAGCCUUAUGAAGAGCCCCGUGAACUGGAUCAGGAAAAUAUCGACAUUAUCGUGCGCGAUUUCGCUCAAGCUGCUAAAAACGCCGUCAAGGCUGGUUUUGACGGUGUCGAGAUUCACGGUGCCAAUGGUUACGUUAUUGAUCAGUUCAUCAACACCUCGAGCAACAUCCGUACCGAUAAAUAUGGCGGUCCGAUUGAAAAUCGUUGCCGUCUUUGCCUGGACGUUGUGGAUGCUGUUGCCGAAGCCGUCGGUCCUGAACGCACCGCCAUCCGAUUUUCGCCAUGGUCUGAUUUCCAAGACAUGAAGGACGACACACCAUAUGAAACUUGGGGAUACCUUUGCAAGGAAAUUCAACGUCGCCACCCCAAGCUCUCUUACAUCCACUUUAUCGAAGCUCGUGACGAUUACGCUUACCACGAACCUGGUACAGAGAAGAACACUAUUGAUCCUUUCCGCGAAGCCUGGAAAGGCCCUAUUGUCUCUUCUGGUGGUUACACGACUCAUCCCGAGAAGGCAUUUGAAGUUGCAGCAGAGACGGGUGAUCUCAUUGCAUUUGGCCGUUCCUUCAUUGCUAAUCCCGAUUUGCCCGAGCGACUCAAGAACGGCUGGCCGCUGCAAAAGUACGAUCGUUCCACCUUCUAUACACAGGACGAAGCAGGUUAUUUAGAUUAUCCGUUUUACGCUCCUGAAAGCGCGUAAUAAAAUUUCCAUCUUAUAUCAUUUGCAUCUUACACGCAUAUUUCCGUGAUUAAAAUAAAAUAAAAAAGGAAGAAAAUAUAAAGUCAUGGUUAGAGGGUUUCUCAACAUAAGCGUCCAUACGGUAUUUAUCGUUUUUAAAUAUUAA